UGUGGAAGUUGAUCUCCUUGCUGCCUUAGUUUGUGUUCAAAGCCUCCUACCUAAUCAUUUCACCUUGGAGCCAGAUCCUAUUCCAUCCUCCAGGCGCGAGCUGCAUUAUGGUGCGCAAAAAGAGUGGUGGUCACAGGUCAGACGCUCGUAACCGGACCCGCGAAGACUACCUUAUGCAUCCGCCUGAGUCCUUAGUCGAGCCUCCGUCGCCAUCCCCACCUGAUCACGAGAGCGAUGAGGAUACACGAGCAGAAGUACGGGACGCAGCAACGGUGGGGAAGAUGGAGGAAGACGAGCUCAAGUUCGUCCUAUAUCAGCGUGCUGUGCAGUCCCCUCGCGGCGACAUCAGCUACCUGCUCAAGUUCUUUCUGACCUAUGUGGGCGGCCGCGUGCCUCUGCACCUACACGAGGACUUUUGUGGCACGGCCCUCAUAUGAGCAGUGCAGAGUGGCUGCGAGGUGAUCCCCGUCGCACGGCCCUCGGCCUAGACAUUGACGAGCAGGCCCUCUCCUGGGGCAUCCGGGAAAACUUUGCCUCCCUGCCCGGCUCGGCCCGCGGUCGUGCAUGCAUGCUGCUUGGGGAUGUGCGCGAUCCGCUCACAUCUGCCCGUUUUGCAUGUCCGGAGGUUUUAGACGGGCAGGAAGGUGACGAGCAGUCAGCUGCAGAGGGAGGGGUAGCAGGUGCAGGGAAGGAUGGUGCAGAGGUCAGCUGUAUAAGCACUCAAAGCACUGGCGCUCCCUCUGCUGCUGCUGGCCCUGUCUGGCCGCAACUAGAAAAGCUGCGCCGGCAAAGGGCAGAUCUUAUCUGUGCGUUUAACUUCAGCUCCUGCUGUCUCCUGCACCGGUCGGAGCUGCUAGCCUACUUCAGGAGUGCUCGGGCCAGGCUGGCAGGUGGUGGGACUGGUGGGGAGAGCGUGGCAGACGGCGGGGCUGGCAGUGGUGCUGUUAGAGGAGGGGGGGGAGGAGGUGGAGGAGGAGGGGUGUUUGCAAUGGACCUGUAUGGAGGAACAUCUUCAGAGGGGGCAUUGAAGCUGCACCGGAGAUAUGGCGACAUGGAUUACACAUGGGAGCAGGAGCGUUUCGAUGCGGUUACUCGCACCACCCGCAUAUCCCUUCACUUCCGCGUGCCGCAUGACUGGGUGCCUGCCUCCUCCGCUCCAGACUCCACACGCAGAGGCGGCAGGAAGCGCCAGCAGCCCAAGCGUGUCCUGCGCAGUGCAUUCAGCUACAGCUGGCGCCUGUGGACGAUUCCUGAGGUGCGUGAGUUGAUGCAGGAGGCAGGGUUUGACUCGGUGCAUGUGUGGAUGCGCAAAAUGCCGGAUCUUGCCGAUCGAGAGGACGAGGAGGAGGAGGUGGAGAUGGAUGAGCAUGCUGCUUUUGAAGAAGUGGAAACAUUCCUGCAGACAGAUUCAUGGAAUGCCUAUGUGGUUGGGGUUGUUAAACCUCGAAGAGGCAAGAUGAAGGAAGUGCACUCCUAGUAAAUGUACCUGGUUUUUGAAAGAUAAAUGCUUGGCAUAUUUUUCUUAGAUUGAAGUGAUGGAAGCUAUGUUCACGGGCGGUAAAUGCAUUCAAUGGU